ACAUAGUACCCCUUUAUAAUUUCUUCCUCACUGAUCACCCUUUCUUUCCUCUUUUCUUCCCUUCCAUUCUGUACUCUUCAUCUUUUCUGUAUUAUUCCUUCUUCCUCAUAGCUUUACUGCCUUCAUGGGGUGUGAGGUGGUGAAGAAGAAAAUGUGGAAGGUGUGUAUGAUGGUGUUGGUGUUGGCAGCAAGUGGAGUAAACUUGUGGGGUGGUAGGGUGGUGCAGGCAGAGGCAGAGGUGCCAUGUUACUUCAUAUUUGGUGAUUCCUUGGUUGAUAAUGGAAACAACAACCAGCUCUCGUCGUUGGCUAGAGCUGAUUACAUGCCCUACGGCAUCGACUUCGAUGGUGGACCAACUGGAAGGUUUUGCAAUGGCAAAACUACUACUGAUGUUAUCGCUCAACUCCUGGGUUUUGAUGAUUAUAUUCCACCAUAUGCAACUACAAGAGGCCAGGAUCUCCUCAAAGGUGUAAAUUUUGCGUCGGCCGCUGCCGGAAUAAGAGAUGAAACCGGGAGGCAAUUGGGUGAUCGGAUCACCAUGAAUGGACAAGUAAGAAAUUAUCAAUCUGUGGCCUCUCAAAUCGUCCAAAUACUUGGGGAUGAAGCUUCAGCAGCAGACCAUUUAAGCAAAUGCAUCUUUACAGUUGGAAUGGGUAGCAAUGACUACCUGAACAACUACUUCAUGCCUUUGUAUUAUACAACAAGCCAGGAAUACACCCCAGAACAGUAUGCAGAUGCCCUUAUUCAGGAGUACACAGGUCAACUAAGGACUUUGUAUAACUAUGGAGCAAGGAAGGUAGCCUUGAUUGGAGUAGGUCAGAUUGGUUGCAGUCCAAAUCAAUUGGCUCAAAACAGCCAAAAUGGAGUGGCUUGUGUCGAUAGAAUUAACGUCGCAAACCAGAUGUUCAACAACAAGCUUAAGGCUCUCGUCGACAAUUUCAACAGCAACCUAGAUGGCGCGAAAUUCACCUACAUAAAUGCCUAUGGGAUUUUUGAGGACAUGUUGAAGAAUCCUUCAGCCUAUGGGUUUACUGUCACAAAUACUGGAUGCUGUGGGGUGGGUCGGAACAAUGGUCAAAUUACAUGUCUUCCUCUUCAAACUCCAUGCCAGAAUAGGAACCAGUAUCUGUUCUGGGAUGCCUUCCAUCCAACAGAAGCUGCAAAUGUGAUUGUCGGUAAGAGGUCUUACAGAGCUCAGUCUUCCUCUGAUGCUUACCCAGUUGAUAUCGAACGCCUGGCUCGGCUCUAAAGAUGGAGAUGAUUGCUAUAGAGUUAGCUCCAAAGGAGUAGUAGUUUAUGAUAAUUAAUCUUCUAUACUAAUACUAUUGACAAUUGUGGUCGUCUGGUUUUGCCAAUGUUGCAAGAGUUGUGAUUUUGUUCUAUUGAAAAAGAUUGAAUAAUUAAUUUGAGUGAAGGGUUGAUAUACUUGUGUUGUGGCAUUAUUUCUUUAAUAGUAUGAGCUUCACUAA